AUGGCCACGGGAUCAGGACAGCAACCUGUACCGAUAACUGUUGUAACUGAAACCAGAAACUUGAAGAGUCAACCAUUUACUCACCCUGAUGACCAAAUAUCAACUGGAAACGCUUGGGAAGAAUGGCUAGAGGGCAUAGAGAGAGAAUUUCGCUACUUCAAAAUUAGCAGCCCCAUCGACAAAAAGGACGCCCUGAUCAUUUAUGGUGGCAAAGAAAUCGCCAGACUGGAGAAAAGCUUACCCAAUCCAGGGGAUGUGGAUGAUGUUUAUGAGAAACUGAAGACAAAACUAAACAGUUACUAUACCCCAAAGAAAAAUAAACAUCAUGCCAGAUACCUGUUCCUGAAGAUGAGACCCACACCCCAAGAAACCACCAUGGCUUAUGCAGCUAGGCUAAGGGAAAAGGCCAUUCAAUGUGAGUUUGGAGACACUCGUGAUGACCGAAUUCUAGAGCACCUGAUCCAAACCAUAACAAGCAAAUCCCUCAUCCAGAAAGCCAUUAACAAGAAGUGGUCGCUGACACAAAUGUUAACAGAGGCCGCACAGAUAGAGGAUACGUCCUUGCAGAUAAGCAGCAUGAGACCCCCUGAUGACGGAGCAAGCAAUGUGGCCAAGGUGGGAUAUCAGCAAUCAUCACGACAGAAGAAAUCCACCGGUGGGCAUUAUGGAAAGCCCAAAUUCCAUAAAUCACCACCGUGCGCAUACUGUGGACUGACCGGCACCCACCCACAAGGCAAAAACUGCCCGGCCUACGGCAAGAAAUGCAACAAAUGCCAGAAGUGGAAUCACUUUGCAUCCGUUUGCCGAGCCGACCGACUCCGUGCAGAAAGCAGAGGCCCGCCCAGUCAGCCUGUCCCCCCAAAAUAUGCCAAACCCAAGCAGCGUGGGAAUCACGUAAAGAAGACGAGCAUGGAAGAAGACGAUCAAACUUCUUCUGAUGACGAAUUCUUUGACCAGGCAGUCAAACACCUGAAGCAAGUGCGGAGAAUCGCAAAAACCGUCCAUGACGACAGCACAGUCACAGUCCGCAUUGACGACGUUGAUGUACGGAUUGAGCCAGACAGCGGAGCAGAGGUAAACAUCAUGGAUGAACACCAACACAAGGCACUGCAGCACAGAUCGAGCAAUCCACAAUCACUACAGGCAAGCCAUAUCAAACUACACACCUUGCAGAGUGACUUACCUGUAAAAGGGGAGUUUCGGACGAUCGUCAGAAAUGACACACGUGGAGCAGCAACAAAGUUUGUUGUUGUCAAAGGCAGAAUUAACUCACCUCCACUUAUCAGCAAAAACACCCUCAUUGAACUGGGGAUGAUGAAACUCCAACCAGACGGCUCCCUUGCAGAAAUAAACGACCUUCGAAUUCCAGAGAACACCCAGACUGUCAAAUCAAUCAGCAACACUACCACAGCUCGCCAGCAGACACAGAAAAUCGUCGAAAAAUACAAAAGGGUAUUUCAGGGUAUCGGCCUGAUCCGAGAUGUCAAGAGCGACACAGACAUCUUCGCAAAAUUCAACAUGAAGCCAGAAGCAGCACCAGUAGCCCAGAAACCGAGACCUGUAGCAUACUACCUCCAGAAACCAUUAAAAGAAUGGUUAGACCAGUGCAUCAAGGAAGGCAUCUUUGAGGAAGUUCCCCCAGGCGAGCCAGUGACAUGGUGUUCCCCACUCGUGGUGUAA